AUGGUAGAGCGCUCGCUUAGCAUGCGAGAGUUCAAGGCCCCAUUUGGGAGUGAUAUUGUGACCUUUUGGAGAAAACAGAAUUAUCCAUUUUCUUCUUCAACAUGGUAUCAGCCUGACCGGUCCUCUUCUUCCUGUGUCCUCAUGGCUGCUGAAACCAACACACCUCCUCUAGCCCCAAAUUCCUCUCCUCACCUCCUACAUCCCUCUGAUUCUCCUAAUCUCAUUCUUGUUUAUGGAUUACUCACCGGAGACAAUUAUCCUAAAUGGCAGCGAGCUAUAAGUCGUGCCCUCAAUACCAAAAACAAACUUUGUUUUGUGGAUGGCACUCUCCAAAACCCUACAGCCGAUUCUCCCACCUAUUCUCAAUGGAGCCAAACCAAGGACAUGAUCCUCACUUGGUUGCUCAAUACCAUCAAACCCUCUAUUGUAAAUUCUCUUGAAUAUCACACAAAUCCCCGGGACCAAUGGAGAGAUCUUCAAUCUUGUUUCAGCCACGGCAACAACAUCCAGCUCUAUCACCUAAAACGUGAUUUAUACAACCUCACACAAAAUACCCAACCCAUCCAUGAUUACUACAACCAAAUUAAGCAGAUAUGGGAUGAGUUGGGUGACUUACAAAAUGUUAUGGACCUUGCUGAAAUGAAAAAAAAAAAGGCUAAAGAUGAACUAGUUUUUCAAUUCCUUCUUGAAUUGAAUGACUCCUACUCGUCAUUACGUACACAAAUCCUUGCCCUUGAUCCAUUGCCUUCGAUGCAAGAAGUAUUUUCAACUCUCUUUCAGGAAGAACAGCAGCGACUUCUCCACGUCCGCACAGUAUCACCGACCCCCAACAUUGUUGCCAUGACUGCCCGCACUCCCGUCCAGAACCGCACACCCCUAAAAUGCACAGAAUGUGGAAGGAACGGGCACCGUCGUGAGCGAUGCUGGGUCAUCAUUGGAUAUCCUCCGAGGCGCGAACCCAAGAAUCGCCAAUCAUCCAUUCUUGGUCGUCCACCGGUAGCUGCUGUAACACAAACCACUGUUGCUUCUGCCUCAGAUUCGUCCUCCAUUCAGACUCUUCCAUCAGAGCUAUAA